UUAGAUAUAUCGGAAUACGCGUGCUCUCGCGGUAAAUUCAUCGUGCAACCACUUUUGUGGCGGCUCGGACACGUUUAUUGCGACAGGAUGCGUUUUCCUCCGGAGUUAAAUUAUGCAAUGAAAUACCACCAUUUUGAUAUGAGCAUUAUUAUUUGCAAAAAGGCAAACAACAACAUACAUGCACCGACGCCGGUGAUCGCGUGCUGAUCGUCGAACGGAGCAUCAUGGAUAACAAGCAGCAGUCUACGUUGCCGAAUGGCCCGACGAAGGUGGCCAGCGCGGCCGAGGACGCCAAGAACGACUUGCAAAUGGUAUUGACGAAAUUGAUGGAGGAGAAGCACACGUAUACGUAUAAGAAACUGGUGGUACCGCCGUCAAUGAGGAGCAUCUACUGGAAGUUUUUCGGCUUCCCGGCCACAGACGACGGUGACAUCCUCACUAAGGUGAAGAUAGUCUGUAUAUUGUGCAAGACGCAAAUCGCCUACAACCGUAACACCAGCAAUCUUCGUAUGCAUCUGCAAAACAAGCAUGCCCAGGAACUGUUGGAGCUGGAAUCGUCGAAUCCUCCGUCCAGGCAAAUUGUUACCCAGGAGAACAAGGAACGGAAAGCACAAAAGAGACUGUUGAAGGCAGGCCUGAGCCCGACGAAAUACAUCUAUACCACCAACACAGAUGGCACUGUCCAGAUUGACGGUGAUAUACAAUUUGUUACAGAUCCUAACAUAAGUCUAUCAAAUAUGGAGGAUGACAUUACCAUUGGUCAACCACUGAGAGUAAUGAUCAAGGGUGGAGGUGGGAUUAAUGGCGGCAGUCAGAAUGUGGCGUUCCUCAUGUCGGAGGAAAAUAUGACGAACCAGUCUGAUAUGAAACUGGAUAUAAAAACUGUUUCGGAUGCUAUAGCGGAAUUCAUUGUAAUGGAUCUGCAAUUGCCAGAGAUUGUAGAGGGUCGCGGAUUUCAAAGACUGGUAGCUACUUUACGCUCGCCAUGCGAGAUCCCUAGUAAGAAUAAAUUAGAGGAGGAGAUAAUACCAAGAAUAUACGAUACUUUUCGAGAAUCCGUGGCUAAUUCACUAUCCUGCAUGGCUUCAGAGCUAGCAUUAACAAUUGAAGAAUGGAAAUCAAACAAUGAAGAGAAUUUUGUUACUGUAUCAAUUUAUUACCAAAAUGUUGGAGAGGCUACAUUGGAGUGUAAAAUUUUAAGUACUCUUCAUGCACCAUUAGAUUGGGAAGAAUCUCAUUGGGGCAGUACUAUUGAUUCUCUUUUACUUGAGUGGGAUCUUAAAGUGGAGAGAAUAACAGCAGUGGUUGUUAGUACUUCUAGAACAGAAUUACUAAUGGCAUUAAGUAAUCGUGGCUUGACUUUAGUGCCGUGCUUGCUUCAUACUCUACAAGUAUGUGCACAAGCUUGUUUCGAUAAUGCUGAAGUAUCUAUCAUAUUAUCCAAAUGCAGAUCAGUCAUUGGAGCUAUUGUAAGUCAUCCAGCUGCAGCUACCGCAUUAAUUAUGCAGGAACAAUUGUUGGAGUUGGAAGAAAAUGCUAUGUUGUUGGAUUAUCCAGUUGUAUGGAUAUCAACAUAUAACAUGUUAGAGCAAAUGGUACUGCGUCGUAAUAUAGUCACAUCUAUAUUAGAAAAUUUGGAAGGAAUAGAUCAAGAGAUGUUUGAAAUUACUAAUGAACAAUGGAAAGUUAUGGAGGAUCUUGUGGGUGUUCUUGAACCAUUCAAAGUUACUAUUAUGACAUUAAGUGAAGAAAAAAUGCCUCUAAUAUCAUUGUUAAAGCCAUUACUAUGGCAACUUGUAUCUUCACAUCUUAAAGUCAAAGAAUCUGAUAGUGAUACUGCUAAAACACUUAAAGAAUCCUUGUCAGAUAUGUUAUGUGAACGAUACGCAGAGUGCAAUGUUACAUUGCUCUUACAAAUUGCAACUACUUUAGAUCCUAGAUUUAAGUCAUUGCCAUAUGUUACCGAAGAGGAUAAAAAUAUAGUUAGUGCUCCCAUAAAGGAAAUGUUGACAAAAUUGAUUCAAGAAGAAUCUGAGGAUAUCACUAUAAAGACUGAAGCAGAAGAAACAGUACAAAGUAAAAGACCUAGAUCAGGUAUGAAACUCUUACUUGGUGGUUUAUGCUCAACCAAAACUGGAAUGCCAGCGGAGGAAAAAGCGGAUCUCGAAGUUGUGCAAUAUCAAUCGGAAUCUACAGCACCGCUUGAUUAUUGUCCCUUGCAAUGGUGGUCUAAAGUAUCUGCGAAAUGUCCGAAUUUGGCCAAACUGGCAAACAGAUAUCAUUGCGUACCUGCAUGUUGCGCACCACCUACGCGCAUUCCGGCAGACGUACAAAUACAAUACGAUACAAAGCGAGCAACAAUACCACCUCACCUGAUCGAUAAACUACUUUUCCUACAUGGCAAUCAUACCAUGCAGGUGUAAAAGGUAUUCUAAAAUUAAUGGAAAAAAUUGUUUGAAAAAUACUUUACUAUAGACGAUAUUUUCGUAAUGUACAUGUCAAAUCUAACGUACAUAGUGUAAGUCUAAAAUAAUAUGCUAGAGAAAACUCUUGUACAAGUGUACAAUAUAUAUAUAUUACUUUAUAUAUAUACAUAUAUA